AUGGACUAUAAUCAACAGAAUUUUCCAACUAUCAUUGAAUUGCUUGAGCAUGAACCUAAUAUUGAUAUAAGUAUUUGUUGUUUCAUCAAAUCCGAAUGUCAAACUCGAACUUAUUUACAAAAAAUCGAUUCCAAUUUUGACUUCAAACUAAACAUAUGCCAUUUAUUAAAACCGUUUCCAUUCAAACCUGUUGCUGUUCGUAGUGCUACGUUUGGUGAAGUUCUGUUUCUCGAUUGCGAUGUGUAUGUUACACGAGAUCGGGAAGAAUUAUUUCUUUCAGAUCCAAUGUAUCUUCGAUUCGGCGUUCGUUUGUAUCCUGAUGCCUAUAAAAGUCGACAAAGACGACCCGUUUGGAAAUUAUUUCCAACAGAUUGUGCUCAAAAUGAAUCCGAACUCGAUAGUGCAGUCAUUUUGGUUAAUAAAAAUCAAGUAUGGAAUGGUUUAUACAUGACAAAAUUGAUUAAUGACAACUAUCCACUCUUUUAUAAAUAUGUUAGUGAUGGUGAUAAAGAUACAUUUCGCUUAGCAUUUCGAUAUGUGAAAGUCGAGUAUUAUUUAGUCAUAACACCAUGUGCUAUUGGAUCAUUCAAUGGUACCCGUUUUUGUGAUUUGACACUUUGUAAAACGGAUAGUUUAUCCCAAUAUAUUUAUUUCAAUUUUCUUAGUCGUGUACAUAUAUUUAAAUAUAAAAGAAUUACCUAUUUCCCGUUUACGUUGGGUUACACGCGAAUUGGUCUUGGCGAUCCGAAUAAUAAUACAUUCGUCUUUCGACAUUGCCGAUUAUUGAACGCGCCGACCAGUUGUUUUCAUAUUCUGAAGCAAGAGACUGUUCAAUUGGAUGAAAUCGAUUGCUUUAAAGGUUCUAUUCCAUUAGAGGAGAUGGACAAUCAUAAAUAUCAAUUGAAUGAAUCAUUACCAAUCGGAACGUUAAAGAACAAUGAAGUGUUAAUGAGUAGAACAAAUCAUUUAAUGCCUCAUUUCAUUGAUAAUUUCAUCAAAUUUUUAUCGUCCAUUCCACCUAGUGGAUCGCACAUUCUUUCAUCUCCUGACAGUGGCCACUAUCGUGUGUAUGCACAAAAGUUAAUACUCGAAGACGACGACGACGACGACAGACAUAUCUUGAUAGUUUGCAAGAAGAAGAAGAAGAAGAAGAAGAAGAUGGAAAGAUUGGUGAUCUUGGCAAUGAUAAUUGAAGUGAGUUUGUCAACAACAUCGAUUAAAACGUUCACUACAUUGGAAAUGAAAGAAAAUCUUCCAGUUGGAACUUCACUUCUUCAGCUCAAUCAACAAAAUCAUCAUGAGAAAUAUUAUUUGUUGAAUCUGAGUGGAUUCGAAAGAAAAUAUUUUCGAAUCGAACAUGAGAAUUUGUUGAUCGAGAAAGAAAUUGAUCGUGAAGAAUUUCUCCAAAGUAAAAGAUGUUUUGAUCGUUCGUAUUGUUUAAUUGAAAUUCACAUUCUGGUCAAUGAUGGUCAAUUGUAUUUUGUUAUUCCCAUUCACAUUGUCGAUGUUAAUGAUAACAAACCAGAGUUCAAGAAUCGAUUUAUUCAUUUGAAAUUAGAAGAAAACUCGUCGAAUGAACAUCAGAUUCCAAUCGAAGGUGCAUUUGAUGGUGAUGAAGGAGUAAAUGGUGCAAUUGUUUAUGAAUUGGAUUGUUCGUUAAUGAACAAAAAUCAUGAGAUGAACUGUUCGAAUGUGUUUCAUUUGAAUAUUCUUUCUCGUUCACAAUUUAUCAAUCAAUAUGAUCAACUUUUAUUACGAUUUGGUUAUUUAGGAGAAGAAGAACAUGUUUAUAAGUUAAUCGUGAAUGCAUUUGAUUGUAAUCCAGUGGAAAAGUGUCGUGAAGGAAGAAGAUUAAACAAUUCAAUGAUGAUUGAAAUAGAAAUUUUGAAUUCGGACAAAGAAGACAUUGAUUUUGUCAAAUCCAAAUAUGAAUUUAUCAUUAAAAUGGAAACUCCUUUGAAGAAAGGUGCAAAUUUAGGGAAAGUGAAGACAAGUCAAAGAAGAAAAACGAUUUUCUUUCAAAUUGACAAUGAAGUUAUUGAAAAUGAUAUAAAAAUCAACGAAGAAACAGGUGAAUUAACUUUACUAAAUGAAGAAAUUUUAUUUAACAAAACUUUAAUUUCAUUUUCAAUAAAAUUAUUCGAUUCGAUAAAACAAAAAUAUCUGUUAAGAAAAACCACAAUCGUUUUCAUUUAUUUUCGUUUUCAAAAUCAAUUGAAAUCGAUUUCAUUUUCUUAUUUUAAUCAAUCUUCAUUAAUUCAACGGCAAAAUGAAAAUCAUUUCCUUAUUUCUUCUAAAAAUUCCAUUCCAUCCAAUGAAAUCUUAUUUUCAAUCGAAAUUCUUCCAUCCUAUUAUCUAUUUGAUCAAUAUUUUCUUUACUUGGACAAUACUCAAACACAAUUUUCUCUAAUUUUCCAAAGAAAAAAUGUUUAUUCAUUGAAACUUCUUCAACCUUCAUUUUCAAACAAUUUGUUUCUUCAAUUUUCCAUCGAACAUCAAUUAACCAAAGAACUUUUAUCAUCUCAACUAAUCAUUCAAUUUCAAUUCGUUUCCAAUCAAGAAAAUCUUUGUCAAGAGAAUCUUUUCUACGAACUUUUCGAUCUUUCAACAGAAAAAUCCAUUGGAAAACUUCAAGUUUUGAAAACAACAAACGAAACAAUUUCUUCAUUUUCAACUUUCCAAAUUUCUGAUGAAAAUCCAAAUGAAAUCGUUAUCGAUCAAUGUCAAAUGAACUUUACUCAACUCAAUUCGUCUUUAUUUUUGACUCAAUUUCGACUGUGCUCAUCAUCAUCGUUUUCACCAUCGUGUUUUUCUAUUGAAAAGAAUAUUUCAUCAUCGAAUGACUUGCUGCGCUUAAAAGAAAGAAAUUCUUCGAUUAUGAAAAUCGUCUUGUCAUUAACACCAAUUGAAAUCAUAUUUUUAUCAUUUGGUUGUGUUUUUAUUUUAUCAAUAAUUAUGAUUUUGACGAUUAUUUGUCGUUUAAAAGGAAGACGCGUCUGUUUGGAAAUCAAAAAUUAUUUAUUUUAUGGGAAGAAAUAUGGUUUAAGUCAUGCGCAAAGUCUUUCCAAUGCAAAAAUGAAUCAACGAGUUCAUUCGAUUGUUAUUCGAGAAUCUCAUUCACCAUCGAUAGAAUCUAUAAAAGAAAAAAUUCAUACUGAUGGUGUUUCACGAGAAGAAUCGAAUUCACAACAAUUGAAUAUUUCAAAUGACUCGAAAUCGAUUUCCGAUCGAAUAUUACAAGAAACAGAUCAACUAUUCGAUUUGUUAGUUUCAAAUGAGAAUCUGCAUUUACCGAGACUAGCAUCGGAAGUUUAA